AUGAGCGGCCUGCCUCCUCCUCCUCCGCCACCGCCAGGAUUCCGCCGGAAUAACAAGAGUGGUGCCUCUAGUGGGGAUGCGCCUCCUCCUCCGCCGCCCCCUCCGCCGGGCAUGCACCGCACAUAUUCUGGCUACCCUUCAGUACCUCCGCCGCCGCCGCCGCCACCACCACCACCCAUGUCUCUGGAAGAAGGCCCACCGCAGAAGAAGAACAAAGUUGAACCAAUGCACCAGAUAUUUGCAGAACUCCCCAGUAGAGAGCUGCUUACAAGAAAGAAAGAGUGGCUUGCUUUGCAGAAACAGAGAUUUAGCGGCCAGCGGCGGAAGGGCAAGGAAAAGAAGAAGCGCGGUGGGGUGUCACACGCCCAGAAGGUUGACCUUCCGCCAGAGCACCUGCGGCAGAUUAUUAGCGAUCACUCAGACAUGUCUUCGCGGCGGUUCAACUAUGAUAAACGCGCAUUCCUUGGGGCCUUGAAAUAUCUGCCACAUGCGGUCUUGAAACUGCUCGAAAAUAUGCCGCAGCCUUGGGAGCAAACCAAGGAGGUUAAGGUUCUUUACCAUAACACAGGGGCGAUAACGUUCGUCAACGAGAUACCCAGAGUGAUUGAACCUGUCUAUAUUGCCCAGUGGUCUACUAUGUGGAUUGCAAUGCGUCGGGAAAAGCGAGAUCGGAAGCACUUCAAGCGGAUGAGGUUCCCACCAUUUGACGAUGAGGAGCCUCCGCUCUCGUAUCCGGACCACGUUGAAGAAAUCGAACCUUUGGAUGCGAUUGCUCUAGACUUGGAUGAAGACGAGGACAAAUACGUCAAGGAUUGGCUCUAUCGGACCAGACCUCUGGAGAACAGCGUUGGCAUGGUGAAUGGGCCGUCGUACAAGAGCUGGCGACUUAACAAUAAGGUUAUGUCCAACUUGCAUCGUUUGUCGGCCCCACUUCUUACGGAUGUUACAGACAAUAAUUACUAUUACCUUUUUGAUAAAAAGGCCUUUUUUACUGCGAAGGCGCUCAACAAUGCCAUACCUGGAGGGCCCAAGUUUGAGCCCCUCUAUCCGCAUGAAGAAGAGGAAGACUAUAAUGAAUUCAAUUCUAUUGAUAGAAUAAUAUUUCGGAUACCAAUACGGACAGAAUAUAGAAUUGCAUUCCCUCAUCUCUAUAAUCCAAGACCCAGAUCUGUGGAGAUUUCAUGGUAUCACGAUCCAGUAUCAUGUCUGCUGCCCGAGGAUGAUGACGAUGCGAUGCCCGCUUUCCAUUUUUCGUCUCAAUUCAGCCCAAUUAUUAAUCAGGGCUUCAAGCAUGCAAAGACGGAUUAUGAAAUGAGCGCCUCGAAGCAUGAAUUUUCGCUACCCGCUGACUUCGCCCCGCUUCUUGACUCCGAAGAACUGGAGCCAGAGGGUACAAAGGACAGCAUAUCAUUAUACCAUGCUCCCUAUCCGUUUAAUAGAAGGUCAGGGCGUAUGGUGCGCGCACAGGAUGUUGCACUGAUAAAAAAAUGGUACCUGCAGCACCCUGAUAGUGAAUAUCCAAUUAAAGUACGAGUAUCGUAUCAGAAGCUACUGAAGAACUAUGUUUUGAAUGAGUUACAUACACAAAGACCGUCAAAGCAGAAAAAGGUAAAGUUAUUGAAGAGUCUGAAGAAUACGAAGUACUUUCAGCAGACGACUAUAGAUUGGGUUGAAGCUGGAUUGCAAAUAUGCAGGCAAGGUUUCAACAUGUUGAAUCUUCUAAUUCAUCGAAAAGGCCUUACUUAUUUGCAUCUAGAUUAUAACUUCAACCUCAAACCAACGAAAACGCUGACAACGAAGGAGAGAAAGAAGUCGCGCUUCGGUAAUUCGUUUCACCUUAUGCGGGAAAUUUUAAAAGUUGUCAAGCUCCUUGUUGAUGCCCACGUCCAGUAUAGGUUGGGCAAUGUUGAUUCUUUCCAGUUGGCAGAUGGUAUUUAUUAUAUUUUAAACCACUUGGGACAGUUGACAGGAAUCUACCGCUACAAAUAUCGGGUUAUGCACCAGAUUAGAGCUUGUAAAGACUUAAAGCACGUUGUUUACUACAGAUUCAAUAAGAUAAUCGGUAAAGGGCCUGGUUGCGGCUUCUGGCAACCUGCUUGGAGGGUCUGGAUAUUUUUCAUGAGGGGUAUAAUACCGUUAUUGGAGCGCUGGUUGGGUAACCUGCUAAGUCGUCAAUUUGAAGGCCGUUCAACGGAAAUUGUCAAGACUACUACAAAACAGCGGGUCGACGCAUAUUAUGAUUUGGAAUUAAGAGCCUCGGUCAUGAAUGAUAUAUUAGACAUGAUUCCAGAAGGCAUGAAAAAGAGUAAGGCACAUACCAUUUUACAACACCUCAGUGAAGCAUGGAGGUGCUGGAAGGCCAACAUUCCAUGGGAUGUUCCUGGUAUGCCUUUACCUAUUAAAAAUAUAAUUGAACGUUACGUGAAAGCGAAAGCUGAUGGAUGGGUAUCGUCCGCGCAUUUCAAUCGUGAAAGGAUAAAGAGUGGUGUUCAUGUUGAGAAAGUGGUUGUGAAGAAGAACUUGGGAAGAUUAACAAGACUGUGGAUAAAGAACGAGCAGGAGCGCCAGCAACAGAUAGAAAAGAAUGGGCCAGAAGUCACACCUGCAGAGGCAACGGCUGUCUUUUCCUGUAUGGUUGAUUGGCUGGAAUCGAGAAAUUUUACGCCAAUACCUUUCCCUCCAUUAACUUACAAAAACGAUACCAAAAUCCUAGUACUUGCUUUGGAGAACUUAAAGGACGCCUACACUGCAAAAGUACGUCUAAAUGCAUCAGAGCGCGAAGAGCUAGCAUUAAUAGAGGAAGCUUACGAUAAUCCUCAUGAUACUCUAAACAGGAUUAAAAAGUACCUUUUGACCCAGCGGAUCUUCAAUUCCGUUGAACUUUCAAUGCUUGAUCAUUACCAAUACAUUACACCUGUUUAUACAGUGGACCCUCUUGAAAAAAUAACAGAUGCUUACUUGGAUCAGUAUUUGUGGUACGAAGCUGAUAAACGGCAACUCUUCCCGAACUGGGUGAAGCCAAGUGACUCGGAGAUUGCUCCUUUGCUCGUCUAUAAAUGGUGUCAAGGGAUUAAUAACCUCAAAGAAGUAUGGGAUGUCUCAAGAAGCCAGUCGACUGUUAUGUUACAGACGUCUCUUGAAAAUCUUGCGGAAAAGAUGGAUUUCACGCUUGUCAAUAGAUUGUUGAGGUUGGUCAUGGACCCCAAUUUGGCAGACUAUAUCACUGCAAAGAAUAAUGUUAGCAUCACAUUUAAAGACAUGAGCCAUGUUAACAAGUAUGGUUUGAUCCGUGGUCUACAGUUCGCGUCAUUCGUGUACCAGUAUUAUGGGUUAAUGAUGGAUUUGUUAAUACUAGGACCGGAAAGAGCGCAUGAACUUGCUGGACCACCAGAUGCACCUAACGAGUUUUUACAAUUUAAAAACCUCCAAACUGAAACCAAAAAUCCAAUUCGCCUGUACUCCCGUUAUCUCGAUAAAGUUCAUAUUUUGUUCCAUUUCGAGGAAAAUGAAGCUGAGGAACUUAUUGAAGAUUAUUUAUCUGAGAAUCCUGAUCCUAACUUUGAGAGCGCUGUUGGGUACAAUAAUAAGAAAUGCUGGCCCCGAGAUUCGCGUAUGCGCUUAAUACGCCAAGAUGUGAAUUUAGGACGGGCUGUCUUCUGGGAGAUUGAGAACCGCGUUCCACCUUCUUUUGCCGACAUCUUAUGGGAGAAUACAUUAUCAUCAGUUUACAGUAAAAAUAACCCGAAUUUGCUCUUUACUAUGUGUGGCUUUGAGGUGCGUAUUCUACCCCGGUUUAGAAUGGAAGAAGUAAUGUCAUCAUCAGAAGGUGUAUGGGACCUGGUGGAUGUUGUCACCAAGGAAAGAACUGCGAAGGCUUAUCUCAAAGUGUCUGAUACUGAAAUUUCCAAUUUUGAAAGUAAUAUUCGUGGAAUAAUGCUGUCUUCUGGUUCCACAACCUUUACCAAAAUUGCUUCAAAAUGGAACACUGCGCUCAUUGGUUUAUUUACGUAUUUCCGGGAAGCUAUUGUUAGUACUGAUCGGCUUCUUGAUAUCUUGGUGAAAUGCGAAACUAGAGUUCAAAAUAGAGUCAAACUGGGACUGAACUCCAAAAUGCCUACUCGGUUUCCACCUGCUGUCUUUUACACACCAAAGGAAUUAGGAGGGCUUGGAAUGCUGAGUGCCUCCCAUAUAUUAAUACCUGCUUCUGACCUCUCUUGGUCUAAGCAAACAGAUACUGGGAUAACACAUUUCCGCGCCGGGUUGACUCACGAAGACGAAAAGCUGAUCCCCACUAUCUUCCGAUACAUUACCACAUGGGAAAAUGAAUUCCUAGAUUCUCAAAGAGUGUGGGCUGAUUACCUCGCUAAGCGUAAAGAAGCCAUGCAAGAAAAUCGUAGGCUCGCGUUUGAAGAACUUGAAGGAUCUUGGGAAAGGGGUAUUCCACGUAUUAGUACACUCUUUCAGAAAGAUAGGCAUACACUGGCAUAUGACAAAGGUCACAGAAUUAGAAAAGAAUUCAAGCAGUAUUCGUUAGAACGGUUUAAUUCGUUUUGGUGGACCAAUGGCCGCCACGAUGGUAAAUUAUGGAACCUAAAUGCAUAUAGAGCUGAUGUUAUUCAAGCUCUUGGCGGAAUUGAGACAAUUCUAGAACACACCUUGUUCAAGGGGACUGGCUUUAGCUCGUGGGAAGGUCUGUUUUGGGAGAAGGCAAGUGGAUUUGAAGACUCUUUGCAGUUUAAGAAAUUGACACACGCGCAACGUACUGGUUUAAGUCAAAUUCCGAACCGGCGCUUUACGUUGUGGUGGUCACCAACGAUCAAUAGAGCCAAUGUCUACGUUGGAUUCUUAGUGCAACUUGAUUUAACCGGUAUUUUUUUGCACGGUAAAAUUCCUACGUUGAAGAUAUCUCUAAUCCAGAUCUUCCGCGCUCAUUUAUGGCAAAAGAUUCAUGAGAGCAUUGUAUUUGAUAUUUGCCAAAUUUUAGAUGGUGAGAUGGAUGUGCUACAGAUAGAGUCUGUUAAUAAAGAAGCUAUACAUCCAAGGAAGUCAUAUAAAAUGAAUUCUUCGGCUGCAGAUGUUACUCUUUCUAGCGUUUACAAAUGGGAGCUGUCAAAGCCAACUCUUUUGCAUCAAACUAAUGAUACCUUUGAUUUUACUUCUAGCAGCAAAAUGUGGAUUGACGUACAAUUACGGUAUGGUGAUUAUGACUCUCACGAUAUAUCUCGGUAUGUUCGUGCCAAAUUCUUAGAUUACACUACAGACAAUGUCAGCAUGUAUCCAUCUCCUACCGGUAUCAUGGUGGGGAUUGACCUUGCGUACAAUAUGUACGAUGCAUAUGGUUACUGGUUCGAUGGUAUGAAACCUCUACUUCAGAAUAGCAUGAAAACAAUUAUGAAGGCGAAUCCAUCCCUCUAUGUCCUUCGCGAGCGGAUAAGAAAAGGUUUACAGAUUUAUCAAUCGCAAACACAAGAACCUUUUUUGAAUUCCUCCAAUUAUGCGGAAUUGUUUAGUGAUGAAACCAAAUUUUUUGUUGAUGAUACCAAUGUGUAUCGCGUCACUGUUCACCGAACAUAUGAAGGAAACGUUGCGACCAAGCCAAUUAAUGGGUGUGUUUUCAUACUUAAUCCAAAGACUGGUCAACUUUACCUCAAAAUUAUUCACACUUCAGUUUGGGCUGGUCAAAAAAGACUCAGCCAGUUGGCUAAGUGGAAAACUGCGGAAGAAAUGACUGCCCUAGUCAAGUCCCUUCCAAAGGAGGAGCAACCUAAGCAAAUCAUCGUAACGCGAAAGGCCAUGAUGGAUCCACUGGAAGUCCAUAUGCUUGACUUUCCUAACAUAUCUAUUAGACCGACUGAGCUCCGGCUUCCAUUUUCUGCAGUGCUAUCGAUCGAAAAAUUAAACGAUGUUGUCAUGAAAGCCACAGAACCGCAGAUGGUUUUAUUUAACAUUUUUGAUGAUUGGCUGGAAAGGGUAUCUCCAUUCACUGCCUUUUCGAGAUUAAUUUUACUGCUCAGAGCGUUGAAAGCCAAUGAAGAAAAGGCGCAGAUGAUCAUUAAGGCAGACCCUACCAUCCCAUUCAAGUCACAUCAUUUGUGGCCCUCGUUUACUGAUCAGCAAUGGAUUGAAGUUGAACUAAAAAUGCGCGACUUGAUUCUUUCUGAGUACGCAAAGAAGUAUAACGUCGACAUCUCGGUUUUAACCCAAAGCGAAAUCAAAGAUAUUAUUUUGGGUCAAAAUAUUAGAGCGCCUUCAGUAAAACGGCAACAGAUGGCGGAGAUUGAGGGUAGUGCUGCGACAGGCGCAAAUGCAGAGACACCUAGUGUGGCAAAUGCUAUGAAGGUAACUAGUGUCAAUGCUCAAGGGGAAGAAAUUACUGUUGUAACAUCUGCAAACUACGAAACCCAAGCGUUUAGUUCUAAAAAUGAAUGGCGCAAGCGUGCUGUUGCCAGCUCGUUGUUAUACUUACGAUUGAAGAAUAUUUAUGUUUCUUCCGAGGACUUUAUUGAAGAAAAGAGCAUUAUUGUCCUUCCAAGAAACUUAUUAAAGAAGUUUGUGGGAAUCGCGGAUGUGAAAAUACAAAUCGCUGGCUUCCUGUAUGGACAGUCGCCGCCUGAACAUCCAAAUAUUAAAGAGAUUAGAAAGAUAGUCCUAUGCCCACAACUCGGGAGCAAUCAAACUGUACAGCUAAGCAACUUGCCUGGCCAAUCUGAAUACUUAGAGGAUCUGGAACUGCUGGGAUGGAUCAAUACUUUUGCGCAAGAUAAGAAAUACAUGCUUCCAGCAGAUAUCACGACGCAUGUGCGUACAUUCGGUCGCGCCAAUACCGAGGUGAUCAAUCUGACAGUUGGAUUGAUACCAGGUGCUAUCUCCUUAUCAGCCUUUACAGUGACGAAGGAGGGAUUGGAUUGGGGAAUGGAGAAUAAAGAUAUUUUUGAUCCAUCACCAGAAGGAUUUGAUCCCUCUUUCAGUGAGCAUGCCCAACUUUUACUCUCGGAACGUAUAAUGGGAAACUUUCUCGUUCCAAAGUCUGGCAUCUGGAAUUAUGCAUUUAUGGGUGCUGGAUUUAACAGAGAGCUACGUUACGAGCUAUCUCUCGACAUACCACUCGGAUUUUAUGAUGAACAGCACCGUGCAACGCAUUUUCUACAAUUCAACGAAGUGGCAGCUGACGAUACUUUGGAAGCAGAACAGGAAGAUUUAUUCUCCUAA